AUGAAGGCGUAUAUAUAUAGCGUGUUGGUCAGCGAUCGAACGGAUACGAUACACUAUCCGUGUGCUUUCUUCGCUAGAAUCGGACGGUUUCGUGCCCUUGUGUCUGGUGUUAGAAUGCUAACACAUACACUCCCCAAUCCCCCAAAAUGCUUUUCCCAUUUCCCUAGAGAGCGUUCUCCCUCUCCACCACCUCGCCCUUCACCACCACACACAUCUUCUGCCUCUCCAUCUUCUCACAAUAGUCAAGAAGUUCUAAACCUCAUUCCUCUGUCUACCUUUCUUCCACCACUAUACACUCGUCCUACACCAAACUACGCUCAAGUGCCUCCCCAUCUUCGCACCAGAAUCACUCCUCCACGCCGCUCCAUGCGUGCCUCUCCCUCUUCUCACACUAGUCAAGAAGUUCUAAACCUCAUUUCAGACUCUGAGAGUGAUGACUCUUCUGAUUCGUGUCCCCCAGUAGCAAAAUCACCAACACAAACUGAACCACAAAGAAACACGAUGCCUACAGUACCAACACCUCCACCACAAAAUCCACCAACAACUACUAACCCUUCGACACCCUCAAAAUCGGCUUUCUCUUCUGAACCUUCACACGCAACUCCUCCCCAUCAAAAACGGAGAUCGUUAAAUGACAUUGUUUCCCCUUCUCCAAACCAAAAAGAACCACUCUCUCAACCAAAACCACCAACUAAACCCAUGAGAACCAAAAACACAAUCACUAUUGCUCAGUUUCUUGCUCGAAAAAAUCUCCCAAAUCCUCAAAGAAAGAAAACGCUUGCCCCAAAACAAAACCUAAAAAACAGUCAAAAACCAAUUUCUCCAGAACAAGAACGUUCUCCAACUGCUCCUCCACAAGAACGAAGGAUCUUGCACUUCGCAAAUAACAACAUCCGUGCAUUAGAGAAAAUUUGGGACAGCUAG